CCAGUCGCAUUCCACGUAUACUUUCAACCAACGAGUCCUCAUCUUUGGACACGCCUUUCGGCGUGUCGGCGUCGGUACGCCUUUUGAAAAUUGUCUGAAAAUAGAACACCAAGCUAUCUUCUCUAAGUUAAACGAACGCGCCCGGGAAACUUGCUUGUGGUUGUUUUCUUGGAAACCGAUCAGCGAGCCCGCAGUGUAUUCAUGACGGUCCAGUAACGAAUCUAUGAUCAAUGUCACGCAAGCAGGAUAACGACUUGAAACGACGUUUCGAACAUAAAAUGUAUCUGGCGAAAGAACGUCCAGAUGAUCUGUUUGAUUUGGCAGACUGUGGAUUGAAAGAGAUUCCUUCUGGUACAUUUUCCUUAGCCAAGGUCCUGCUUAAAACCCAUUUACUGCUGCAAAACAAUGCACUUCGAAACUUGGAAUCCGGAGGCAACCUUUCAGAUCUUCAGCAUCUUCAAGUGCUUGACUUGAGUUCAAACCUAUUACAGCGGCUGCCGGAUAAAUUCCACAAUUUGUCGUCUUUACAGAUUCUCAAUUUGUCGAAAAAUCGCUUGCAAUCGCUGCCUCCCAGCUUUGUGAAGCUUUCUUCCCUGCAUAAGUUGAAUCUUGAAGACAAUGCAUUCAAGUUUGUGCCCAGCGAAAUUGGCGCCCUUCCACAGUUGGUGGUACUUGGACUUGCUGGUAACCCAUUUUCCGAGCUACCAGCCCAAAUUCUGAAAUUGACGAAUUUGCAGCAACUCACUCUUCCGGUAGAACAAAUGCGAUUCCCUCCUGCAGGUUAUAACACGUCAACUUCAAUCAGUGAAUCCCACGCGCAUGUAUCUCAUCACAAACCACAGGAAACUGGCUGUUCUCAAGUUUCCCCAGACUUCUCCAUUGUUAACUUGGCGUCGUUUUUGGUUUCUUUCGAGCAGAAACCGCACAAUCAGCGUCUUCGCGCUGUGGAAUUCGAACGUCAAUUGCAAGAGGAUCAGAAAGAUCAAAUGCAACUAGCCUUUGAAGCAAAUCGGACACGACAGAAGGUUCUAGGACAGUUGGUCGAGGAUGAAGCUCGACUGCAUGCCGAAUUGACUGCUGUACAACGAAAGCGAGAUCAAGAUCGCACCAAAUUAGUCCAUACGUUGUUGAGUGCCGAGGACAGUGCGGAUCAGCUGAUCCAGCAGCUGUUAUCCCGAAACGAAGCCGCUAAGCGUCAGGAAGCAGCAGCGGACUUGGACAACCUGAAGAUGCUUGUCAAUAGACCAGAUUCUUCUUUUGAAUUACGACGUCAAGAAAUUCUUGAUGCAAUGCAGACCAUGUUGUCCGUCACGGAUGAAGCGUAUCGCGGCUACACUGCCCAGCGUCAGGUCGCACAACAGCGAACAUUAGCUGGAGAUGUUUCGGCCGAUCAAAAAGUGGUGGGACUACUUGCGGACAGGCAUGAGAAACAAAAGAAAUUGACUAGUGAAAUCGCCCUGGAAGAGGAAGCGCAGAAAGCAGCCUUCGCCAAACUGCAGAUAAAACAAGAUGCUCGAGCUCAACGUUUGCAGCGAGAUAUUGUACUAAUUGAACAGGAACUCUGUUAUCUAACCAAGGCUGAACAAGACCGGAAAGCCAAGCGCACCGAAGUCAACCAACAGUGUUUGAACCAACGUCGCGCGGAUUUGGUCCGGCUUUUGGCUCAGUUAAGUAAGGAACAACAAACUCGGCAAGAGGAAUUGAAGGCUCGCCUAAAAGAAAUGGAACAACACCGUAUUGAUGAUCAGCUGGACUAUUGGCUCAUCCAGUAUCAACGACUCCUGGAUAACAAGCCACCAGAAUUAUCUAAUAAGCUUGAACCUGAAGUUGAAGAUAUUCUAAGAUUGGCUGGAGGUCUGGAUUUCGCUUCCAACUUUCAGUACCAUCGUGUCACGUAUACAGUUCUCCAAAGGAUGACCGAAGACGAUUUACAACGCAUUGGCGUAUAUGCUGCUGGAGUCCGUCGGGCUAUCCUGGGCGCUGUGGCCGAUCAAAUCCAGGCAUCAAAACUGGCGGACAUUAAGCUUUCUUCCGACCACACUGUUGAACGCAUUUCUGCACCAUCUGCCCCUCCAUUAAUCGAAACGGUGCCAUCAGCGCCUUCGCGUAUACUUGCCCGUACAGAAAAUGAGUGCUGUGUUUGUCAGGAUGCAUCUUGUUCCGUUGUAUUUCUUCAAUGUGGCCAUGUAUGCACUUGCAGUGCCUGCGCAAAUGGGGUCACGGUCUGUCCGCUAUGUCGAUGUUAUAUCUCUCAGCGAAUUGAACUACAGUCAUGAAAUGAAGAGGUCAGAGUUCUAUGAAUGCCUAUUCUCCUGUGAUAAUCUGUCCACUAUGCUUUCUGCACCAACUCACGUUCAGUCAAAAUCGGCGCAAAUGUUACUCUUGUAAUUUUUAUUUCCUUUCAAAUUUAGGUAGUUUCAUCUAUUGUCUUCCCGUAUGUUAUUUCUACAAUAUGACCGUAGAUGUUUCAUCUGUUCGAAAGAAUUCAUUUUAGGUUAUCCUUCAUAACGACUUUCUUACAUGUAUAGUGAUACAUACCCGAAAUGUCCGUUGCUAAUUUACCAUGCAGUAGUUGAUCAGUACCAGCUUCGUAAUAUCAUACUAGCAGUCUUUUACAUUUUCGCAUAACCUGCUGUAGCUUCUUUCUUCGCACACUACGAAUUGCUGCAGUCCCGCCCUUCACUCAGGUUAGCUGCAGCCUUUGUGGAGUUUAACUUUGUGAAACCUCUUGCAUAUUUUAGAUAAAAUGGAG